CACUCUGAGAGCAUGAGAAGUUGCAGCUAAAAGCAGACGCGUCUCCUCGGUCCACGCACGCAACGUCUCCAGGUUGAAACAGCACCGGUGAUAAAUCGUCCCCAAACUUUUUCUGGCACUUGCUGCCCGGCACAUUUUUUUCCGGGGGGGGCUGUGCGCAUGUGCGAAGGUGCCCGGGACUGACAAUGCUGGAGAGAUAGCGCGUUUGCUUUGGAUUGAGAAAACCCAGAGAAAAAAGGGGGAACCGCAGAGAGAAAAAAAAAACAAAAAGGAGGAAAAAAGAUCCGAGAAAAAAUCCAAACAAACCCACGCCGAGAGACUGGGCAGCAUGAGGUCCAAAGGCAGGGCACGGAAACUGGCCACGAGUGACGGCGACGAUGAGUUUGCCCUCUACUCGUCCGACCUCCUAGAUGAUGUGUGUGGCUCCGAUGGCGAUCCCACCCCUUCCUCGGCCCUGGUGGAGGACCCAGUGUCCCCUCUGCUCUCCGACGAUGAGUCUUCGCCUCAGGACCCCUUGUCAUUCCAACACCCAAGCUUUUUCUGCCCAGAAGAAUUGACCAUUCCCCUGGACUUUGAGCUGAGGGAGUCGGUGGUUCCAGGCGGAGGCCUGGGCAUCUGUAGCCGCAGGCAGGUAAACGCCGGGGAGCGUUUUGGACCAUACGAAGGAGAGCGCAGGCCUUGUCUCCGAGACCCCACUCAAGGCUGGGAGAUCUUGGAUGGGUCAGGCCAUGUGAAAUUCUGUGUGGAUGCCAGCAAGCCAGAUAUCGGGAGCUGGCUGAAACACAUCCAGUUCGCCCCAGUGGCCACGCAGCACAACCUGACAGCGUGCCAGAUAGAUGAUCAGAUCUUCUACAAAGUCACCAGAGAGAUAUUCCCCGGUGAGGAGCUGCUACUUUUCAUGAAGGCUGAAGAGUAUCCAUGUGAUAUCAUGGCUCCUGAUAUUCACGAGGAGAGGCAGUACCGCUGUGAGGACUGUGACCAGCUCUUCGAGUCCCGCAACCAGCUGCUGGACCACCAGAAGCAGCCGUGUGGGAUGCCCCCCUCCUCCUUCCUUAACCCAGGAGGGGACAGUGACGUGAAUGCAGAGGAACCUGAAGACCUGCGACCGCUCCACCUGUCCAACGGUCUGCACGAGUGUAAGGAGUGUGACCAGGUCUUCCCUGAUGCUCAGAGCCUUGAGGGCCACAUUCUGUCCCACUCUGAGGAGAGGGAGUACAAGUGUGACCAGUGCCCCAAGGCCUUCAACUGGAAAUCAAACCUGAUCCGACAUCAGAUGUCACAUGACAGUGGCAAGCACUACGAAUGUGAAAACUGCUCAAAGCAGGUGUUCACAGACCCCAGUAACCUGCAGAGGCACAUCCGCUCGCAGCACGUCGGGGCUCGGGCCCACGCCUGCUCUGACUGUGGCAAGACGUUCGCUACGUCUUCUGGCCUCAAGCAGCAUAAGCACAUCCACAGCAGUGUCAAGCCCUUCAUGUGUAAGUCACUAAGACCCUACCUAUGCGAGGUAUGCCACAAGUCCUACACCCAGUUCUCUAACCUGUGCCGCCACAAGCGCAUGCAUGCGGACUGUCGCACACAAAUCAAGUGCAAGGACUGUGGGCAGAUGUUCAGCACCACAUCCUCCCUCAACAAGCACCGGCGCUUCUGUGAAGGAAAGAACCAUUUCACUGCAGGGGGAUUGUUUGCCCAGGGUAUGUCCCUCCCUGGCGCCCCUGGCUUGGACAAAUCAGCCCUGGCGAUGGGCCACGGCGUUGCUGGAUUGGCUGAUUACUUCGGGGCCAGUCGUCACCAUGGAGGUCUUACCUUCCCUGCUGCCCCGGCAUUUCCUUUUAGCUUCCCCGGUCUCUUCCCCUCUGGACUCUACCACCGGCCACAGCUCAUCCCUGCCACCACCUCUUCUAUCAGGCAACCAACACAUGCAUCUAUUGUCGGGCCUGGUUUAGAGCUAAGUAAGAGUCCACUGCUGCCUCCGAGCCCUAGCUGUCAGGAGUCCCGAGAGCUCCUCAAAGCUCUCCGUAAGGAUGGAGGUUCACCUGGCAGUCAGAUGACCGCCUCAGAGCUCCAUACCCAGAGCUCAUCCUCCACAAAGCAGCGAAUCAAACAGAGUGACCAGUCCGAGAGCAGCGACCUGGACGAUGUCAGCACGCCCAGCGGAAGUGAUCUGGAGAGCACAUCAGGCUCCGAGCUGGAGAGUGACAUGGACAGUGAGAGGGAGAGGGGGGCUGCUCGAGAAAAUGGAAAAGGCCCCAAGAGGAAGGCCAGUGAGGGAGGCCCCCAGAGCCCCAGCCUGACAGGCAGCAGUGCUGCCAAAGACUUUGCAGGCCCUUCCCUCAUCCCACCCUCGCUGGACGAGCACACAGCUGUAACUGGGGCUGUGAAUGACUCUAUUAAGGCCAUUGCCUCAAUUGCUGAGAAGUACUUUGGCUCCACAGGACUGGUUGGCCUGCAGGACAAGAAGGUUGGGCCUCUGCCCUACCCCUCCAUGUUCCCUAUGCCUUUCUUCCCAGCUUUCUCCCCUCCAGUUUACUCUUUCCCAGACAGGGAUGUCAGACCUCCAGGUCUAAAGGUCGAGCCCCAGUCUCCGGGAGAUGAUGGCAAGAAGGCCCAGAGCAAAUCUUCAUCCGAGUCGCCAUUUGACCUUACUACCAAGAGAAAGGAGGAAAAGCCAGCUCCAGUCGCUCCCUCCAAACCGGAGGCCUCCAACCCUCGUGGUCAGGAUCAGCCACUGGACCUGAGUCUGGGGAGCAGGGGCCGCGGACGGACUCCAAGAGAGCAGGAGACAAAGAAGAACCUCGGUUAUGAAGAAGAAAAGGGAGCGGCGGAGAUCCCGAAGGCAGACACCUCCUUACAGCAUGCCAGGCCCACCCCAUUCUUCAUGGACCCCAUCUACAGCAGGGUUGAGAAGAGGAGAAUGAGCGAUCCGUUUGAGAAUCUGAAAGACAAGUACAUGCGGCCAGCACCCGGCUUCCUCUUCCAUCCACAGUUCCGUUUGCCAGAUCAGAGAACUUGGAUGUCGGCCAUCGAGAACAUGGCGGAGAAGCUGGAGACGUUUGGCUCGUUGAAGCCGGAGUCUGGUGACCUGCUGCGCUCCGUCCCCUCCAUGUUUGAUUUCAGAGCCCCGCCCUCUGCACUCCCAGAGACGCUGCUGCGCAAGGGCAAGGAGCGCUACACCUGCAGAUAUUGUGGGAAAAUAUUCCCGCGCUCUGCCAACCUGACCCGCCACCUCAGGACUCACACCGGAGAGCAACCAUAUAGGUGUAAAUACUGUGACCGCUCCUUCAGCAUCUCCUCCAACCUGCAGCGUCACAUCCGCAACAUCCACAACAAGGAGAAGCCCUUCAAGUGCCACCUGUGUGACCGCUGCUUCGGCCAGCAGACCAACCUGGACCGUCACCUCAAGAAGCACGAGAACGGCAACCUGUCAGGCACUGCGAUGUCGUCUCCUCGGUCUGAACUGGACGGCAGCGGCGCCAUACUGGACGACAAAGAAGACUCGUAUUUCAACGAAAUAAGAAAUUUUAUCAGCAACACUGGGCAGAACCAGACGUCCCCGGACCCCUCAGAGGAAGGGUUGAAUGGCGGCCAAUUUGAAGAGGAGAAGCCACUGAUGGCCAGCCAUGGGUCACGUGACCUGGAAGACGAGGAAGCAGAGGAGCUCGGUGCUGAUGAAGAUGAAGGAGACGAGCCGAGCAACGCCUCUGGGAAACCGGAAGGGGAGGUGCUCCCGAGCAACCUCAGUGAUGAUGUCACACAAGAGGAAAUGGACUUCACUGGGCCCAAUGACUUGAACCUCAACUGCAAAACCUCUCCCAGGGGGUAUGAGGAUGAGGAGGAGCAGAGCAGCUACUCGGCCCUGGAUCACAUUCGCCACUUUUCAGACAUGCGCAAGCUGGAGGAGAGUGAAGUGAGCGAUGGUGACGCAGAUGAGGACGAUGAGUCAUUCGGCUCUCCUUCUCUGACCGAGGCCGUCAAACAGCCACUCUUUAGAAAAUCUAAGUCUCAGGCAUACGCCAUGAUGCUGUCCCUGGCUGAAAAGGACUCUCUCCACCCAGCCACCCACACCCCCGCCACCAUGUGGCACAGUCUGGCACGGGCCGCUGCCGAGUCCAGCGCCAUCCAGUCCCUCAGCCACGUAUGAUGACACCCCUCUGCGCUUUUCCCUUUCACCUUUCGACCCCUCAAAACCUGACCAAUGGCUCUGGGAGCCCAUUACAGUGGGGCUAUCUGCGGGGGGGCCCCCAUGAUCAUCCACAGAGUGACUGCUGAGCAGAACCACAGCCCAUCUGACUGCUGAGCGGAGCGCCUCACAAGACGCAGGGUUACUGUAUGUGCAGAGCCCAGCCCCCCCGCCCCGGCCCAAGAAAGACCUCCAACAGAUAGAGAGCAAAAAAAAUUGUCCCCCUGAGACCUUAAAAAUUGAUUUCUUGCAUUGACACCAAACUGGAUGUGGUGAAAAUAAUAAUGCUAAAAUAAUAAUAGCUGUAUUUAUUCUGCUGAAUUUCUAUGUUUUGCACAGCAAAGGCAGCUGGUGGACAUGGAAGAUGGAUGUGCUGAUGUAUCAUUGCUUAGACUCCAUUGCAUUGGCCAGCACAUACAGAGCGAGGAGAACAUUUCACGCUGAGAGGCUGGGGCGGUUGUGUCUCUAAGACGGACGGCCCCAGCUACACUGUGCGUAAAAGAAUAGGACCCCUCUAAUCUGAAUAAAAUAUAUCUCACAAGAAAUCCCUCUAAACCCGAGACACCCACAGUCGUUUCCCAUAGAUCCAUGUACUUGAUGUUAAGAAUCACAGGUUGCGAUUACAGCGACCUCAGUGCAGAUGGGACCCGCUCCAUGUAAGGACAGCGCUAGCAUCGCUUCGACAUCACUGAAGAGAUGAAAAAAAAAGUAAUUGUCAAACUGAAAUCAGGCCAGUUUCCCGUCUGCGUCUCCAUGGCUGCGUGUGUCCGUACAAUCACAGCACUGUGUCUACCAACUGGUCUCCACUGCACUCCAUCCCGCCCACCUGCGCUAUCUGUGAAAGGAUUUAAAUAGAUUGUCUUUUUAGUGGAAGAGAAGAAAACACCUUUUUUUUACUGAGAUAAGUAGCCAGUGCUGAAGUUAAUUGUUGUUCUGUAAAAGGGCAUAUGUCUGUUUUAUUUUGAAAAAAAAAAAAUCCCUUGAAUCCAUCCUAGUCAGUCAACAAUACCACUAAAUAGCCUGAAUGCUAGUCGUUAGCUACUCCAUGCUUGUGUGUCUUUCAUUUUUAGACAAUCAUGAUUUUUGUUCUGUUUUGGGGUUUCUGUUAUUUUCCUUGUGUUUAUUUUGGGUGUCGUUGUUGUUAUUUGCUGUUGUAUGUUGAGAAUUGUAUUUAUUUCUUGGCAAACUGUAGUUUGUUUACUGAAUAGCACUGCUCUUAGCCCACAGGUGACGAGGACCUUUCCUCGCCGGGCUAUCCCAGAGUUCCAAGGGGUUUGUAGAUUACAUUCGAGUGCCGGAUAGUAUUAAACAUACGAUUCACUCCUUAUUCUUCUAAUGAAACCGGUCGAUGAAUAGAUAUUACUUAGGUUUUUUUUUAUUCUAUGACAAUUUAAUGAUUCAGUUGUAAAAAAUGGAAAAAAACAUAAAGAAUGAAUAAUAAAAAAAAAAAUGAAGCCAGGUAUAAUUUCUUCAUAAGCGCAUGAUUGGUCUUGGUAAGAUCUGUAUCUGACAUUUUCUACGGUUGUCUGCAAGCUUGUGUGACGUUCGGUUCAUGUUAAUCCCUUGUGCCAAACUUAUGAUAAAUAACAGAUUACUUUUCAUUUAUUCUCCCGUUUUGAGGGACCAGUUUUUUUUGUUUGUUCGUUUGUUUUUGUCGUUGUUUUGUUUAUAAUCGAUUUUAAAAAGUAAUCAAGCAAGUUGAGGUACUUUGUUUUAAUGCUUUCUACAAUGUAACUGUUAUGCAUUUCAAUUCAAUACUGUGGGAGGAACAACUAAGAAAUAAAGGACUACAAUGUGGACUGA